CGGAAAGACGUGGCUCCCCGCUCGCCCUCCCGCCGCGGGGUCACCCCCCGCUCUCCCCGCCCGAGGGAGCGGUGCCCCCGGCCUCACGGCUGCGCCCUCCCGUCCCUCACCUCCCGUCCGCCCGCCCGCCCAGCGGCUCGCCUUCCCGCGAGAUCCAGCCAGCCGUGCCCGGCCGCGGCACCGGGAUCGUCCCGACCGCCCCCCCCCGCCUCCUCUCCCGCCGCCGUCACGGCGCCCCGCUCCGCCCCUCAGGUCUCCCCCCCUCGCCUCAGCCGCGGCGCGGCCGCCGCCCCAGCCCCAGCCGAGUGAAUGGGUUGCCAUGGCAACUGAGUGAGGCAGGCAGCAGGCCGCCGCGGCCCCAGCCGCCUCCGCUCCUUCGGCGUGUAGGCGAGGAGGAGGCAGCGGGCGGCCUCCGGGACAGCCGAGGGGAGGCCGAGGAGCGCAGCGGCAGGAUGGAGGACGGCUUCUCCAGCUACAGCAGCCUCUACGACACCUCCUCGCUGCUCCAGUUCUGCAACGAUGACAGUGCCUCUGCUGCAAGCAGUAUGGAGGUAACAGAUCGCAUUGCCUCUCUGGAGCAACGUGUCCAGAUGCAAGAAGAUGACAUCCAGCUGCUCAAAUCUGCCCUUGCUGAUGUGGUUCGACGCUUGAAUAUUACAGAGGAACAGCAGGCCAUGCAGAACAAGAAAGGACCUACCAAAGCAAGACCGCUGGUACAAACCUUGCCUUUAAGGACUACUGUUAAUAAUGGAACUGUGUUACCAAAGAAACCAAGUGGCUCUUUACCUUCCCCAUCAGGAAGCAGAAAGGAAACUGUAUCACCAGCAGCAAAAAGCAGGUCUGUGAAUCUUCUCAAUGCAUGCAAACUGAAAGAGCCUACUCUAAGCACCAUUAAGAGAACCAGUUCAGCUGAGCGUGUGUCCCCAGGUGGUCGGAGGGAAAGCUAUGGAGAUUCCAAAGGGAGUCGCAACCGCACUGGAUCCACCAGCAGUUCAUCUAGUGGUAAGAAGAACAGUGAAAGCAAACCCAAGGAACCAAUGUUCAGUGCAGGGAAGCGCCGUGUGACACACUGCAAAGUAACUCUACAGAUGUCACUGACUCCAAAGCUGCUUGAUUCGCAUGAGAACAAGGCUGAACCCCUUAAUCUGCCGAUGGAGCAGCAAGAGCCAACACGUUCUGAAUCUGGACAAACUUCACCAGAAGUUCACAGGACACCCACUUUGGCCUUGCCAGUUCCCAAAAGUUCUAGUCAGACCUUCAUGGCAUUUCCCAGAUCUCCUAGUUUUAUAAACCCCAUGAAGUCCCCAAAGGAAGGAUACGUGAAAAUGUUUCUUCGUGGACGUCCUGUUACCAUGUACAUGCCCAAAGAGCAAGUGGAAUCUUACAAUUUGGAAGCAAAAGUUGAGCUACCAGCCAAGAGACUUAAACUGGAAUGGGUCUAUGGAUAUAGGGGUCGGGACUGUCGCAGUAAUCUCUACCUUCUUCCAACGGGCGAAACUGUGUAUUUCAUCGCCUCAGUAGUUGUGUUAUUCAAUGUUGAAGAGCAACUUCAGAGACAUUACACUGGUCAUAAUGAUGAUGUGAAGUGCCUGGCUGUCCAUCCUGAUAGGAUCACUAUAGCAACAGGUCAAGUUGCAGGGACAUCCAAGGAUGGAAAACAAUUGCCACCACACGUGCGUGUCUGGGAUUCUGUAACUCUGAAUACACUGCAUGUCAUCGGAAUGGGUUUUUUUGACCGAGCUGUCACUUGCAUUGCUUUUUCUAAAUCUAACGGAGGAAGUAGUCUAUGCUCCGUGGAUGACUCAAAUGACCACGUGCUUUCCGUGUGGGACUGGCAGAAAGAAGAAAAGCUGGCAGAUGUCAAGUGCUCUAAUGAGGCUGUAUUUGCUGCAGAUUUUCACCCUACUGAUACAAAUAUUAUAGUUACUUGUGGAAAAUCACACCUUUAUUUUUGGACACUAGAAGGGAAUUCUCUUGUUAAAAAACAAGGAUUAUUUGAGAAACAAGAGAAGCCAAAGUUUGUCCUGUGUGUGACCUUUUCUGAAAAUGGUGAUACUAUUACAGGAGACUCAAGCGGAAACAUUUUGAUUUGGGGGAAAGGUACCAACAGAAUAAGCCAUGCAGUUCAAGGGGCACAUGAGGGCGGAAUAUUUGCGCUGUGUAUGCUGCGAGAUGGCACAUUAGUAUCGGGGGGUGGAAAAGACCGAAAGCUGAUAUCUUGGAAUGGAAAUUACCAAAAACUUCACAAAACUGAGAUUCCAGAGCAGUUUGGUCCAAUAAGAACAGUAGCAGAGGGAAAAGGGGACGUUGUAUUAAUAGGAACCACUAGAAACUUCGUCCUACAGGGCACACUAUCAGGAGAUUUUUUCCCAAUUACCCAGGGUCACACAGAUGAGCUUUGGGGACUUGCAGUCCAUUCCUCUAAACCUCAGUUCUUCACUUGUGGACAUGACAAACACAUUACCCUCUGGGAUGCUACCACUCAUCGUCCUAUCUGGAACAAGAUUGUAGAGGAUCCAGCGCAGUCUUCAGGUUUUCAUCCUUCAGCAUCUGUUGUUGCAGUAGGGACGCUAACCGGCAGGUGGUUUGUAUUUGAUACAGAAACAAAAGACUUGGUCACUGUACACACAGAUGGAAACGAACAGCUGUCCGUAAUGCGUUACUCACCAGAUGGAAACUUCUUGGCAAUAGGUUCCCAUGACAACUGUAUUUAUAUAUAUGGCGUAAGUGAAAAUGGAAGAAAGUACACUAGAGUUGGCAAAUGUUCGGGUCAUUCCAGCUUCAUUACUCAUCUGGACUGGUCUGUUAAUUCACAGUAUCUUGUGUCUAAUUCAGGAGACUAUGAAAUCUUAUACUGGAUCCCCUCUGCUUGUAAACAAGUUGUGAGUGUUGAAACAACUAGAGAUAUAGAAUGGGCCACUUACACCUGUACUUUAGGAUUCCACGUUUUUGGUGUAUGGCCUGAAGGUUCAGAUGGAACAGAUAUCAAUGCUGUCUGUCGAUCACAUGGGAGAAAACUGCUAUCAACAGGGGAUGAUUUUGGCAAAGUACAUCUCUUCUCAUAUCCAUGUUCACAGUUUAGGGCUCCAAGCCAUGUGUACGGUGGACAUAGUAGUCAUGUAACUAAUGUAGAUUUUCUCUGUGAAGACACCCAUCUCAUCUCCACAGGCGGAAAAGAUACAAGUAUUAUACAGUGGCGAGUCAUUUAAAGGAAACAUCAGUGUGAACAUACACAGUUGUCGACCAUGCACAGAACUUAUGUAUAAACUGUAUAUUUAAAACUUAAAAGUAUGUUUGCAGUUUAGCCUGGUCACUGUGAUUUUUGUUUAAAAACUUCUUACAAACCUCAGGAAAAUUAAGCCCUGUGCUGGUUACCUUACUCAGUCUAGUGAUUUUUUUUUUUUUUUCAUUGUGUCACACCUUAAGAAUGAUUGUUUUCUCUUCUGUUGUACAAUAUACAGUGCAGUACAAGUUUAAUAUAAGAAAUGUGGCUUGACAGUUUGCAAUACAGUGCUAUCAGCGGAAUGUGACUAUCUUAAAUGUUUUCUAUAAACACUGCUACAAUGGUCACAAAAAUGCCUUUCAAAGACUGUAUACAUGUGCUUAUUUGUUUCACUAUACAUUUUGUACUGUGUAUCUCCUUAUUUAGAAAAACCCAUGACAGUGUCAAGGUAUUAAAUUGUUUCUGAUGGAGGAUGAUGAAUAGAUACACAAAGUAUAAACCGAGAUGCAAGAUGCAUAAAUCAGUGUUCUAGAAGUGAAAAUGUGAAUGCUGGUAAAUUUACAUUCUCUUGGGAAUAGCACACAUUUGGUAUCACCCGUAAGGAGUUGUGUUCCCUUUCAAGUGUAUCAGCAGGUUAUGCCCCAUUUGACCUGAAUAUCUCAGCAGGGUUUACAGAUGUCUAUGUGGUUCAGGUAUUCCAUAUGAGUUUAAAUUAAAUAUCUUUUUACUUGCACAUGAACAAUUUCUUUUUGAAAGCAAAAUAGAAAAGCUUGGCCACAUCUCCAUUAUUGGUUGAUAUAUUUAACUAAUAUGUAUAUUAAUCGGCAUGAUGCUAUAUUGUACAUGUAUAAGAUUUUAGCAGUUCAUAACAAAUGGUAAGGCAACCUAGCUUUACUUUUUUAUGCUUAUGGAUAUUGUAUAUUUGUAUUUUAAGACCAAGUAGACCAAGUCUAAAGAUAUCUUUUUAAGUGUACCAUAAACCUGCAGAGGGUGAAGGAAGUCUUGGAAGCCUACAUGACAUAUUAAUGUGUAACUUCUGGCCCCUGUGUUUUGUGCAUGGAUGGAUAUUUAUAGUAUGAAAUAAGAUUGUGUUUUGCAAUGAAGUAAUAGUGGAGGUGGUAUAAAAUGGUUAAGAAGGCCUUAUCAAUGUUGAUUGUGACACAGAUUGAAAUGUAUUGUUUACUUUGAGGAAUGUAUCUGGAGAAUUUUAACAGAGGAAUUCUAAACAGACUCAAAAAGGUAAUAUUAAAAUUUUGCUUGUAAUGGACAGUAAAUGUUAAUUCUCUGAACUCUAAAGCACUGGUUGUUUAGAGUGAUUUAAAUGAAAUGAAAUCAAUACAUUUUGAAACUUUUUUAUUACAUCUCCAACCUCCUACACUGAAAGUGCAGGACACCAAUAAACACGUAUUAAAGUGAA